ACUAUCACGGAGUAGAUAGCAGCACUACAUUCCUUUAAGACUCCAUUGAUAUUUGGAACUUCACGUGGACAUUCGUUACCGCUACCGAAAUCCUACACAGUUUCUAGUACAACCCGGUAACCCCGGUCUCAGUCAACGCCAUCCCACCCUCCUCAAUCGGACCCUCGCAUACAGACAGUCAAGAUGUCGCAACACCAUGCCCUCUCAGAUGACCAAGUCGCGGGUGAGCUCCGCAAGAUGACAGCGUUCAUCAAGCAGGAAGCUCUCGAAAAGUCCAAGGAAAUCCACAUUAAGGCCGACGAGGAGUUCGCCAUUGAGAAAUCCAAACUAGUCCGUCAAGAGAUAGCUGCUAUUGACGCUCUAUACGAGAAGAAAUUCAAACAAGCCGCCAUGUCGCAGCAGAUUACCCGAUCUACACUCUCGAAUCGUACUCGUCUGCGAGUCCUCUCGGCUCGUCAGGAACUGCUCGAUGAGCUCUUCCAGCGCGCUCGUGAACAGGUUAGCACGGCAAGUAAGGAUGCAAAGAAGUAUCAGACUAUAUUGGCUGGGUUGAUUCUGGAGGGUCUUUACUAUCUCAAUGAAGACCAGGUGGCGGUACAAGUUCGGAAGAAGGAUAAUGAUGUAGUCAAGAAAGCUAUCGAGGAUGCCAAGAAAGAAUUCAAAGACAAGGUUGGUAGAGACGUGACGAUAGAUCUUGAUGAGAAGAAUCCGUUGCCAGAUGAAUCAGCGGGCGGUGUUUGCAUCGUCGGUGGUGGUGGUAAGAUCGAUAUCAACAAUACUUUCGAAGAGAGACUGCGACUUCUGGAGAUCGAUGCAUUGCCCGCUGUCCGAGAGGCGCUCUUCGGAAAGAAUGCGAAUCGCAAGUUCUAUGAUUAAAUUAUUAGACCAUGUCCUUCUUCUUUCUCAUUUAUCGAUUGUUUUUCUUGUUUACAUGAACUAAUCAGUUCAGCUGCUAUUCUGCUAUAUAUCUUUCCACUGUUCACUUUCUCAGGUGGUUUCAGUUGCAUUCCAUACUAUUUCUCGUUCAUAGGCGAAUUUUAUCGAUCCUUCCAGUUAGAGUGUAAACACUGAACAAUAGACUAUGAAAAUGUUAAUCCGUCGUGUUACGUAUACAUGUCCUGCUCACGUUUUAAUGCGUGAUGAAAGUGUUGUAACCAAACAUCGUGAGCAGUAAAAUCCUUGCAGUCAUAUCAUUCAUCAUUAAUUGAGCGAUUAGAAAGGGUAUAAAGUUUUUUUUGUGUGCGAAAAAGCGAAAUCAGUUCUCUAUUCAUCAGGACGAUCUUUCCGAGGUUGUUGUGCAUCAAAGUAUUUACGUAUCUUCAUCGGGCUGUUGUGCCCAAACAUCGACUUAAUCCGCCGUUUCGUGCGGAUAGAGUAUAUAAUUCGGUACUGUAGAGCUUCAAGACUCUGCUUGGCUUCUGUUCGCUUCAGAUGAGAUGCUCCCGAAUCCUCCAUGGCGCUGAAUAUCCGUUUCACUUGUUCUGCAAGACUAUCAACGUCUGCGUUGAAUUGACGUUCCGCUUCCUUGUCAGGAAAGACCUGUAUGGUUCGUCCAGUAUCAAUGACAAUAUUCAGAAGAGUUGUGAUGGCCUUUAUUUCCGUGUAAUCAUAGUCACUAUCCAAUCGAGCUUUAUGCAACUGAGCAUCCAAACGUGUGGCGCGUAAAUGGUCGAUGAUUCGACUCAAAGGAAUGAUUUGUUCGUUGAGAUCAUCAAGGCAAGACUCAUCCUUGGUCAGAAAUGCCAUUGCCAAGCGGCAUCUGAGAAUUGCGAUUUGACGAAUUGAAGGUAAAAUAUGGUUUAGUAG